UACAAUCAUCAGCUGAUAGCGGAGGAGAAGGCAGAGGCGGCUCUCUCUUUCCGUUCUUUUUCCACCUCAUUUACGAAACGACACGUAGAAAUCCAUUUUUGGUUGGCUGAACAUGAUAUCGAAGAGUCUAUCUUCAGCCAUGAUAACAAAGCAGUUAUCAUGGCAGACCUUUCCUUCUCUGGUAAGAUGGAUGUCAGCAGUUGCUCGCCCUUUUCCUGCAAUCCAAGAUCCCCUAGACCUUUCCUGCCCACAGCUUGCUGAAAGCAGGCGUAGGGCUGAAGAGCAGCUGGCACAGUUAGAGCAACUAAACAAAAUAGCUCUAGGUGGAGGUGGAGAAAAGGGAAUUGCUCUUCAUGUCAAGAGAAAUCGUAAAAUGCUAGUCAGAGACAAGUUAAAACUUCUGUUAGAUGAUGAUGCAGACUUUUUAGAACUCUCACUUUUGGCCGGGCUUGGUAUGGAGUAUGGAGAUGUACCAGCUGCUGGAGUCAUCUGUGGUAUUGGCAAAGUGCAUGGGAGAUACUGUGUUGUAGGAGCUAGUGAUGGCACAGUCAAGAGUGGAACCUUCUACCCAAUCACUGUCACCAAAAACCUUCGGACCCAGAAUAUUGGUGCUAUGAACCGUCUGCCUUGCAUUUAUCUUGUAGAUUCAGCUGGUGGAUUUCUUCCACUUCAGUCAGAUCUGUUUGCGGACAAGAACCAUGGUGGCCGUGGCUUCUACAAUCCAGCUGUAAUGUCAGCAGCUGGCAUACCACAGCUGGCAUUGGUGUGUGGAUCUUGCACAGCUGGAGGGGCAUACCAGCCCUCCAUGUGUGAGGAUGCUGCCAUUGUCACCAGGAUAGGCACCAUUUUCCUUGGAGGACCCCCCCUCGUCAAGGCAGCUACUGGGGAGGAGAUAUCAGCAGAGGACUUGGGAGGUGCUCAAGUACACUGCAGUGUGAGUGGAGUGACUGACUACUUUGCCACAACUGAAGAAGAAGGUUUCGAAAUCCUCCGAGACACGGUUGCCACUCUCAAUAUUCCUCCUCUGUCUCCUGUCUCUCCAGAGUCUGAGGAGCCAGGCUUGAAUCCAGAUGAUCUUAAUGCCCUGUGUUCCCUUGAAGUAAUUGACCGUAGUAAGAUGUAUGCAGUGAUUGGAAGGGUUGUUGAUGGAGGGAGAUUCCGAGAGUUCAAGCAGCAGUACGGCAAGAACCUCACCACAGGAUAUGCGUUCAUUGAAGGGAAAUGUGUAGGCAUAGUUGGUAAUGCUGGACCUCUGACAUACCAAGAUGGUUUGAAAGGCUCACACUUUAUGCAAAUCUGUCAGCAAAGACACCUUCCCAUUGUAUUCUUACAGAACUCUGGUCCGCUCAAAUCACACCAGGCACAGAUGGCAAGCAUGAGUGUAGAGGAAAUCAACCAAGCUAUGAAGGGAAGAGCAGCAAUGAUGGCUGCUGUGUCCUGCGUCACUGUCCCGAAGAUUACCAUUAAUGUCGGAAACUGUCAUGGAGAUGAUAAUUACACAAUGUGUGGACCAUCCUUCUCUCCAAAUUUCAUCUUCUCAUGGCCCGGGACUGUGGUCACACACACUCUCAACCCCCCACCCAUGCCACCACAACCCAAGCCAGCUUCGACAGAUGGGGAAAAGAAGGAGUCAUCAAAGAAAAGGAAACCUCUCUCAGCCUUCAAUUUCCCAAUGGGCAGUGCCUUUCACCAAGCAUCUCGUUCAGUCAUUGAUGGUAUAAUUGUUCCUGCAGAGACAAGGCAGGUUGUGGCCAAGUGUUUACGAAUUUGCUGUCAGCAGGAGAAGAUGAUCAACAACUCCAAAGAUUUUCCAGUAUUUAGAUUAUAAGAAAAUUGUGAUUGUAGUCUCCUUUCUUCUCAAAGAAUUUAUGUCAAUAAAUUUCCUUGCUAGUUACUUAUUUUUUUAGCACAGAGACUAUGCAUGUGUUAUAAGACGGUUGGCAUUACUCAACGCUUUGCUUAUGUGUUUAGUCUACACACCAUCCACAGUCAAGCUGAAAUCAAAGAAAGGGUUAAAAGAUUUUCAUGUAUAUGGUAAGAGGAGAGCCAUGAAAAUAUGUUUCUUUUAGGAGCUGGAAAAGGACAGAAUAUUAUGGUUUACAUUGUACAUUUAAGAAAUAAUUUAAUAACAGGACUAAUUUUAAGUAUUCCAACUCCUAUUUUUUCAUUGCUUCAUACAAGAUGAAAUUGAAUGGCAUAGCCUAUUAUUAUAUGCAAGAUAAAUUAAUAAAUUGUAAAAAACUAUUUCACAGAGGAACUGAUUUUCUCGUUAGUCCAGAUAUGUUCUUAAGAAUUGAUGAAAUAUUUAUAUUUUGAAGAGAAAUAUAGCUAUAACAUAUUGUGCUGAAUAUACAUCAUUUCAUUUUGUCUGUGUUUAUGAUUAGUAAUGAGCAUUUCAAAACAGGAUAUUGUUCCAUUUCAUGAAAAAAGUUAAUUAUUCCAUCCAUUCAAAAGUCGUUGGUAGAAGCAUGUUCUGCAUUAAAUUGAAAGAUAAUUUUAGGCAACAUAAUGUCUGUAUUUCUAUCAGUAUUUUUUUAAAUGUUGGUGUCUAUUAGAUAUUCAUAUAGAUUUUAUAAAAACAGUUUAGCGACUUUGUCAUUGUGAUGAAACUGGAAGUGUUAGCUUCUAAGAUCUCAGGUAGAUGAUUACAUUUUAUUAAUCUUUGUUUUUGCUGUGCCUUGGUAAUUAAUUCACAAUGAAAUGUUAAAGUUUUGUGGAUCUUUUAAAUGCUUUAGAAAGAACAUCACUGAUGACCACAGAAAAGUUAGCAGAAUCCGUAAGAGUUUCUGAUAAAUUAUGUGCCUUAGAAAAGAUAGUUGAAAGAAUUAAAAGCUAAUAAUGUUCAAUAAAUCAACAACUUAUUCCAUUGUGUCUCAAAUGAAAGAACAAGGGGAAGAUAAAGGUUUCAUCAAUAGGUGAGGUCAUGAGAAAGUGAGAGGUAGUGUCCAGGCUUUAUUGGAUAUUUUCUUAGUUUCCUUAGACCCUGUCCUUUUUCUUUUUUUGUUUUAUUUUUGUAACAUUUUUAUUACUUGAUUUUUUUUCCUUUUUUUUCAUCUUUGCUUCUUUGGUUUUCCUUGUUAUCUUUUUUUCUCUUUAUUAUUUUCUUGUUUCUCAUUCAUCAGAUCCUAUUGUCAAGUUAUGAAUUUUAAUCAUGUCUAGGAUUUGUGAAAUGGAGGAAUAAUUGCAGCUUAACUUAAAUAUUACUGUAAAUUCAGAAGACAGCCUUUGGUGCAUUAAAAAAAAACUUUACCCCCUACACACAGGUUUAUUUAAAAUGCAUAGUGUUAGACAAUUAGUAUUAUGAUACCAGUGAAUCGGCUGUGACAAAAGAAAAUAUAGUAUACCUAAUUUUAGUGUAAAUGCUCAUGGUUUAUUAGACAGUCUUUAUUGUAGGGAAUUGUGUGUAAGAUUUUAUAGAAAAAAUACAAUACAAAUUUCAGGCAAUGCAAUUAAUAAGUACAAGUAAACUGAUAUGGUGCUACAUGUUUUGGAACUUUCAUAAGAUAGGUUUGUUUUGUCUUAUAUAGUCAUCUUUUUUUGACUACUGUUGAGUUUGAAUUGAAGUAGAAUUUGUAUAUUGGGUUUGGGUACCAAAGUGUUUGUAUAUGGUGGAAUACUAUUCUGUAAUAUGGAAAUAAAGAAUAGCUCCACGUGAAUAUUUUUAGACUACUCUUUUUGGAUAAUAAUUAGUAAUAAAGAUAAAAUCUU